AUGGUCCGCCUACCACUCCCUCAUCGACGCAGUGGGAACAAGUCCCCGAAGAUUGGGACUCCUCCUUCCCAGGAUGACCUCUCUGUCUCCUCGUCUGGCAUCACAGAGACAAAACAUCCGUUGAUCCUGAAGACCCAGGUUAUUAGUGGCCGCAAUUUAGCUGCAAAGGACAGGAAUGGCAUGAGUGAUCCUUAUCUGGUAGUCACAUUAGGCCAUGCCAGACAGUCCACGCCCACAAUUAGCAAGACUCUAAACCCAGAAUGGAAUGUCUGCUUCGACUUACCCAUUGUUGGCGUCCCGCUGCUCGAGUGCGUGUGCUGGGAUAAAGAUAGGUUUGGGAAGGAUUACAUGGGUGAAUUUGAUAUCCCUCUAGAAGAUAUCUUUUCAAACGGUCAGGUUCAGCAGGAUCCCCAAUGGUACGAUCUUCAGUCAAAAUGGAAGACAACUAGUAAGAAGAACAACGACGUUUCCGGCCAGAUCCAGCUGCAAUUCUCUCUCGUCGAUCCUACAAACCCUUCCGCCUCCCCAGAACAGAUCCUUUCGAGGUUCAAAAACCUCAUCCGCAACAGCGACGACGAGGACGAAGAUGCCACGCCUACGACGUCUGGAGACAAUGAUGAAAUUGGAGAAAGCUCGAGGGAGGACCUGUCCAAGCCAGAUGAUAUUGCGAAGCAACGGCAAAAGUCUAAAGUUGCGCGUCUAAAGCGGAGGUCGAUCGCGGUGCGUGCGUAUGAAUUCUGCGGAGCGAAGGAUGGAGUGGUCGGGAUAGUUUUUAUUGAAAUAAACAAGGUUCUGGACCUGCCUCCAGAAAAGAACAUGACCCGCACAUCAUUCGAUAUGGACCCUUUCGUCGUCACCUCUCUCGGCAGAAAGACCAUGAGAACCCGCGUUAUUCGUCAUAAUUUGAACCCAGUCUUUGACGAAAAGAUGGUCUUUCAAGUCAUGAAGCAUGAGCAGUCUUACUCGAUCAGCUUCACAGUCAUCGACAGAGAUAAGCUGUCCGGAAAUGAUUUCGUUGCAUCCACAAACUUCCCCCUGCAAUCCCUCAUUCAAGCCGGCCCCGUUGCCGACCCAGAGACCGGGUUAUACAAACUCCUCGACCUACCCUCCGACCCAGUCGAGUCUGUUCCUCAAUCUGCCACCAAAUCCUCAAGAUUCCGACUCGCACUAUCACGUUCGUCCUCGGCGUCGAAUCUUACCAAAAUGCCAAAAUCAUCUUUGAAAUCUAAAUCUUCAGCGGCGUCGUUGGCUAGCCAGUUUCAGCAGGAUCAACAACAGGCGCCGACCUCCAACCCCGUGCCUCAGAAUGAUCCUACCGGGCUACUGAACGUCCCCGGAACUGCCAGUCCAGUUUACACAGAGAAGUGCGGCCUCCCUCCCACUAACCCUGACACAGAAGUAUUCAAACAUUACGUUAUACCUCUAUCUUUAAAAAAUAAAGAUAGGUGGGAAGACAAGCAUAACCCGGAGCUGCAUAUAAAAGCAAAGUAUAUGCCAUACCAAGCCUUAAGACAACAGUUCUGGCGCGUCAUGCUACGUCAAUACGAUGCUGAUGAGAGCGGGCGUAUCAGCAAAAUCGAAUUGACCACCAUGCUUGACACUCUAGGAUCGACAUUGAAGGAUUCGACAAUCAAUGGAUUUUUCCACAGAUUUGCUGCUGAAAACGAAACGACCGGCGACACGAUGGAUCUCACUUUCGAUCAAGCCGUGAUCUGUCUUGAAGAGAAGCUGCAGGAGUUGCAAAAGAAGACCGUAGGCGCCACGAUGUCUCAACUGGUGCAGUUCCCAUCGUCCUCUUCAGGGCCGUUAGAAAGUGAGAUCCUACCCGAUAAUGAGGAGGAGGACGAUGAUGACCUCACCCCUGCUGGCGGUAUUAGCCUUACUUUAAACCCUUCGUAUACUAACCUUACUGGAGCAGUUUCAGCCACACCUAACCGCGAUGAAUCAGUCUCUGGUAGCGAUGAGGGUACGAGCUCUCCUCAAGGUGACCUCACUGAUCUCACUGAUGAAAGAGGUGAAGAACACGUUAUCGAGAUUCGAGAGUGUCCUCUAUGCCAUCAGCCUCGCCUGGGUAAACGCUCCGAUGCCGACAUCAUCACCCACCUGGCUACAUGCGCCAGCCAGGAUUGGAGACAAGUCGACAACUUGGUCAUGGGCGGCUUUGUAACAUCCAGUCAGGCGCAGAGGAAAUGGUACAGCAAAGUCAUUACCAAACUAUCGUACGGUGGAUACAAGAUUGGCGCCAACUCGGCAAAUAUCUUGGUCCAGGACCGCUUGACAGGCCAAAUUAACGAAGAGAAAAUGAGCGUAUACGUUCGAUUGGGUAUUCGGUUACUAUAUAAGGGGCUGAAGAGCAGGGAUAUGGAAAAGAAGAGGAUUCGGAAAAUGCUUAAAUCUCUGAGUAUCAAACAAGGUCGCAAAUACGAUGACCCAGCCUCUUCCAGCCAAAUUGACGCGUUCAUCGCAUUCCAUCAACUCGACAUGAGCGAAGUCCUCCUCCCCCUUGACCAAUUCAAGACAUUCAACGAAUUCUUCUACCGCGCCCUGAAGCCUGAUGCUCGACCUUGCUCAGCCCCCGAAAACCCCGACAUUAUUGUCUCUCCCGCUGACUGCCGCUCCGUGGUCUUCGACCGCAUCACCGAAGCCACUCAAAUCUGGGUCAAGGGUCGCGAAUUUUCCAUCGAGCGACUCCUCGGUAAGGCAUACCCCGAGGAUGUCGAGCGUUUCAAGAACGGCGCACUUGGAAUCUUCCGUCUCGCCCCACAAGAUUAUCACCGUUUCCACAUCCCUGUUGAUGGUGUCAUGGGUACACCCAAGACCAUAGAGGGAGAAUACUACACUGUGAACCCAAUGGCCAUUCGCUCUGCGUUAGACGUCUAUGGCGAGAACGUACGAGUUAUUGUCCCCAUCGACUCUGUUGCCCAUGGCCGCGUGAUGGUCAUUUGCGUCGGUGCGAUGAUGGUCGGAAGUACCGUCAUCACACAGGAAGCUGGCGCAAAAGUGUCUAGGACGGAUGAGCUCGGAUACUUUAAGUUUGGAGGAAGUACCCUAUUAGUUCUUUUCGAGCCAGGACGAAUGAAUUUCGACAGCGACUUGGUCGAUAACUCGAAGGGUGCCUUGGAGACCUUGAUCCGCGUGGGAAUGUCCAUCGGCCACAGCCCGAAUGUCUCCCAACAUACCCCCGACAUACGCAAGCCUGGUAAAUGCGUAACUACCCAGGAAAUAGAAGACGCGAACCGCAGAAUCGGGGGACCGGGCCCGUCAUUAAUCCCAGAACCAGCCUCGGAUAUCCGCCUCGACGAAACAAAAUAG